UCUGUUACUUACAUUAAAAAGGUAAGGGAGCUGAUGUAAACCAGAAGCUCUUCAGGGGCUUUGCAACGACUGCAGCAGUAAAGGAAGGCCAUAUUAGUAUCCUUGAGAUGUUACUGAAAGCAGGGGCAUCACAACCAGCAUGUGAAGAAGCUCUUGUUGAGGCAAGCUGCCAUGGGCAAGCAGGGUAUGCUGAGUUACUCAUGAGCACUGAUUUGAUCAGACCGCACGUUGCUGUUCAUGCUCUUGUGACCGCAUGCUGUAGAGGAUUCGUUGAUGUGAUUAGGAUGCUUAUAAAGCGCGGUGUGGAUGUCAAUGCAACAGACCGGGUGCUUUUGCAGUCACUUAAGCCUUCUCUUCAUGCAAAUGUGGACUGUACUGCGCUUGUCGCAGCUGUAAUUCACAGGCAGCUCCCUGUUGUGGAUUUGCUACUGAAGAAUGGUGCUAGGAUAGAUUCUGAGGUGAGGCUUGGAGCAUGGUCAUGGGACAUUUCAACUGGUGAAGAGCUUCGUGUUGGUGCUGGUCUGGGAGAACCAUAUGACAUUGCCUGGUGUGCAGUUGAGUAUUUUGAAAGGAGUGGUGCCAUAUUGCGGUUGAUCCUACAACAUAUCUCCUCCAAGAAUCCUCACCAUGGAAGAACCCUUCUGCACCAUGCCGUCCUUUGUGGCAAUGAUGAAGCCGUCAGAGCACUCUUAGAAUUCGGUGAUAGCGUGGAAUCUCCAGUCAAAACAACCAACAAGGCUGAGUUCCUUCCUUUACACAUGGCAUCCCGACUUGGCUUUCCAACAAUCAUUCAAUGCCUUAUUGAUUUUGGUUGUGAUUUGAACUCAAUAACAGACUCAGGUGACACAGCUUUGAUAAUCUGUGCAAAAUAUAAACAAGAGGAGUGUCUCAAAGUACUAACAAGGGCAGGUGCUGAUUUUGGUUUGGUGAAUGUUUCUGGUCAAUCUGCAUGUUCAAUUGCAGAGGCAAACAAGUGGUCACAUGGUUUUCAACAGGCAUUGUUGGAUACAAUCCGAAAAGGCAAGAUACCAAAAUCCGGCAAUAUUUCUGUGUUUUCGCCGUUAUUGUUCACAGCUCAAGCUGGGGAUGCGGAAGCACUGAAAACUCUAGUUGAAUCUGGAGAGUUUGAUCUUGACUAUCAAGAUGAGAGAGGCUUCUCUGCAGUUAUGGUUACUGCUCUAAAUGGCCAUGCUGAAUCAUUUCGGUUGCUUGUAUAUGCUGGUGCUGAUGUGAAGUUAUGCAAUAAAUAUGGUGAAACAGCAAUAACUCUAUCUAAACUGAAUCAGAACUGUGAUCUAUUUGAACAGGUCAUGCUUGAAUUUGCAAUUGAAAAGGGCAAUCGCAAUGCCUGUGGCUUCUACGCUUUACAUUGUGCAGCUCGUCGUGGAGACUUGGAUGCUGUCAAAUUGCUCACAAACAAAGGCUAUGAUGUGAAUGCCCCUGAUGGGGAGGACUACACUCCUCUUAUGUUAGCAGCAAGGGAAGGCCAUGCAUCCAUUUGCAAACUUCUGAUUUCAUGCGGUGCUCAUUGCAAUGCUAAGAAUUCUAGAGGGGAAACUCCACUUCUAUUUGCAAGGAAAUCUUCAGGAGGGGCUAAAAAUGAAGCACAGGCCGUUAUUCUAGACGAAUUAGCGCGAAAACUGGUGCUACAUGGCUCCUAUGUAUUGAAGCACACAAAAUGCGGGAAGGGCUCCCCACAUGGGAAACAAAUAAGGAUGUUAGGAUCUGCAGGUGUUCUUUGUUGGGGGAAAUCAAGCAGCAGAAACGUGAUCUGCCGUGAGGCAGAGUUAGGGGCAAGUUCGACAUUACGUAGAAACAGGUACAAGAAAGGUGAUGCAGAUGAACCUGGAAUGUUUAGAGUGCUCACGAACAAGAACAAGGAAGUGCAUUUUGUAUGUGAUGGGGGUUUAGAAGUUGCUGAGCUUUGGGUCAGAGGUAUAAAACUUGUAACGAAAGAGGUUUAUUUUGUUAAGGGAUCCAUCUCAUAAGUAUAGCAUUGUGGAGGGGGGUUGUUUAGGAUGUAUAGAUGUUUUGAAUUAAUAGUUUAAUACUUCUUCUCGAAGUAUUUUAGCUGCUCUUUAUUAUUGUAGAGAUUUUAAUCUCUAGCAGUUGUACAUCCUUUUGUUUUAUUUCAUUUCUUUUAGGACGUGUUGGCUUACAGAUGAUGAUUGCAUGUGCUGUGUAGCCUGUGUUUACUUCGUUUUAAGGUCACACCUCCAACACUGCAAGUUUUACCAGAUU